AUGCCCCCUGCAUUGUGCCUCGUGCCCUUUCAGCCCUACACGUCAGACGGAUACUCCCUGACACGUCACCAACAUACUGCCACGUGGACACGCGAAUCUAGGGCUUGGAUGGCGUAUUCUCCCGAAAGAGUGUGGGAUGCCCCGGGGCGUGGCACGGCGGCUGGGCGCGCCCUCUUUCGCCUCUACAAUGGAUUCGCCGCCGCCAGGCAAAAGGGCGAGCAAUUCUCGCUGCAAAACAGGCUCGCGAUUCUUCGCCGCCUUGCCAACACCUCGCAAGAAGCUUUGCUGCAGCCCAAGGUGAGAGUGCCCCGGUUCCGGAGGAGGCCGAGCCCGGAGGACGUGCCGCCUUUUCCAGUGCAUGGCUAUGGCGGCAAGCGAAAGGCAUCCCUUAUAAUCGAGAAGGCGAGGGAGGAGUUUGAGAACAUAUCACUUCCGCCACCUCCAACGAAGCCCGUGCUGGACGAGAAAGAGAAGCAAAGGCUUCAAACCAUCUUCGAGUGGCACGGUCUCCUGGAAGAGGGGGAAGUUCUGGUGGCACCCAAGAUCACUCCCGUGCCGCGGAUUCGCAAGGGCUCCAGGGAGGAGAAGGAGCAACUCUUGGAUCUAAUUUCCAAGGAGAUUGAGGAGCGAGAGGAGUUCUUGCGAGACAUGCAAAAGUACGGCAAAGACGAGGAGUACCGGAGCCAGAUCCAAAUGGAGAUCCACGACCGAGUCAAGCAGAUGAAGCAACUGGACAAGCUCAUAACCGCGGAGGAAGAGAGGCGCGCCAUGGAAUUCCGCGCAAAACAAGAAGAGAAAGCCAAGAGUGUUUCCUGGAGCGACAACGAUCUAUAAACAAAACGAUCCCAUUUAAAAAAAUUUGACACGUUAGAGAAACCUAA